AUAUUUAACAUCAAAUUUAAAUUGAACGUAUAAAGGUUUAACUGCUUGUUAGAUAUACAAUAAACAUAUUUCAAUCGUGAAUAUGACCGAAUUACUAAGCGUCCCUUUAAAAAAACCAGUUGAUAUAGAUAUUGUGAAACCACUAAACAAUGUAAUAAAAAGUUCUUACAGUAAUUUGAAACACGAUAAAUUACUGGAAAUUGAAGAUGCAAUAGAAAAAUUCAGUCAGCAAAGAAAUACUGCAAUUUGGAAAGUUUAUGAAAAAUACGAAAGUUCGUUGGAAGUUGUGUACAGUUACUAUGAUCAGUUGACUGCCUUAGAAACGAAGAUUGUGGUUCAAGAUUUACAAGUUCCAUUCAAAUGGAAAGAUGCCUUUGACAAAGGGUCUAUAUUUGGUGGAAAAGCAAGUCUUACUCUUGCUUCAUUAAGCUAUGAAAAGAUUUGCGUGCUUUUUAAUAUAGCAGCUUUGCAAAGUAGUGUUGCUGCUUCGCAAAAUUUGGAUAGCGAUGAAGGCCUUAAAGUUGCUGCCAAAUUAUUUCAACAAAGUGCAGGAAUAUUCACAUAUAUGAAAAGCGCUGUUCCUGCAAUCAGUACAACAGAGCUAACAACAGAUUUAUCACCAGAAACGUUAAAUGCUCUGGCCUGUCUUAUGUUGGCCCAAGCACAAGAAAUAUUUGUGUUCAAGGCAAUCAAGGAUAACAUGAAAGAUAUGGUAGUAGCAAAAUUAUGCUGCCAGGGCGAGGAAAUGUAUUCAGAGGCUUUGCGUCUUCUUCAGAGAGAUUCUAUCCGUACACUUUGGGAUAAAGAUUGGAUACCCGUUGUUGCUGGAAAGCAGGCUGGCUUCCACGCGCUUACAAUGUUUUAUCAUAGUCUAGUGUCCAAAAAUAAUAAAUCAAUUGGAGAAGAAAUUUCCCGAUUGCAAAAGUCAAUAGAACUUUUCAAAAUUGCGCAAUCACGAUCUGGAAAGCUGAGCUUCUUAGAAGAAUAUAUAAUCAAAGCACAAAGGAACCUAACCGAAGCCAAAAAAGACAAUGAUUUUAUAUACAAUGAAAUGAUUCCGGAUAUUAAUACGCUUGCCAACCCUGGAAAAGCACAAUUAGCUAAACACAUACCUAUUGCAAAUGUAAUGAGUACCAAUUUUAAAGAUUUAUUUGCUGAGCUUGUUCCCGUUGCAUUACAUCACGCAAUGACCUCGUGCGAUUCUCGGAAAAACGAAAUUGUUAAUGGGGAAAUAAUGAAACUUCGUGAAGCUACACAGAUUCUUAAUAAUCUAUUGUCUAACUACAACCUUCCGGCAGCAAUUGAAACAACAGAAACUGGAUCUGUGCUACCGCCCUCAUUGCUAGAAAAAGUUAAAAUUGUAUGCGAAAAAGGUGGCAUUAUCAGUUUGAAGAAAAUGAUAGAUGAACUACCCGAUUUGCUCAACAGGAACAGAGAAAUUUUAGAUGAGGCUGAACGUAUGCUGAACGAUGAGCGAGAUUCGGAUCAACAGCUCAGAGAAAAAUUUAAACAGCAGUGGACACGGACACCUUCUAGUAAACUGACUUCAACAUUUCGAGAAAAUUGCGAAACUUAUCGUAAAAUUAUUGACAAUGCUAUCACUGCGGACAAAACAGUGCGACAGAAGUUUGAAGAAAAUCAGCUAGGUAUCCAUAUUCUAUCGAUGAACCAAGAACAGUUGGCAAAUGAAAUACCAUGUGGUACUAUUAAGAAUAACGUAGGUAAUUCCGCUGCUGCACAAAAACUGCGCGAUUUGAUGGAGUCAGUUGAGACUAUAAAAGUAGAAAGGGAUGUAAUUGAAUCAGACUUGCGAUCUGUUACAAUCAACUUGAAAGAUCAAUUUUUAUCGGUUCUUAUGACUCACGGUGUUAUCAACGAACCGGCUAUUUCAAUUGCGGAGAUUGGUAAAGUUUUAACACCGUUACAGAAUCAAGUUCAAGAAAAUCUGUUACGCCAGAGGACUUUAAUUGAAGAUAUAAAUAAGACUCACCAAGAAUUUAUAACUGAAUCAGGAGCGGGGUCAAAUAAACUGCAUGACGAGAAGUUAACGCAACUAGCAAAAGCUUUUGAUGUUUUUUCGGAAUUACAACACAAUUUGGAAGAUGGGGUUAAGUUCUACAAUGAUUUGACGCAACUUUUGAUAACAUUCCAAAAUAAAAUAUCAGAUUAUUGUUUCGCGCGUAAAACUGAGAAAGAUGAAUUAAUGAAAGAUCUUACACAACAAGCCAGUCGUCAUGUACAGUCGGCAAAUCCGGAUGUACCAGCGCAUAUGACUUCUACUUCUCCACCAAACAAAACAACGGAGCAGUCUCCCCCAGCUGUCCCUCUAAUGGCUGCUCCAUAUCCUAUUCAAUCUCAGGGAAUGCCAUUACCAUAUGGUGUUUCCUCUAACGUGCAGUUCCCGGCCUACGUACCGCCACCUAUGCCACAGGGAUUCAAUCCAUAUGCAACGCUUCCAUACCCAAAUGUUUAUCAAGGAUUUCCGCAGGCCCCAAAUACAGCGUACUAUGGAACGUACCCUGGUGCUUAUGCUAAUCAGCAAACACAACAGCAGAACGCUAAUAAACCGUUUGGUUGGUGAUUUGGUGUGUUAUCUGAACACUGUUCAAAACUAAUACAGUUGCCUGAUUGUAACAUUAUGAAAAAGAUAACAGAAUACGAAUUGUUUACGCUAAAGAUGAAAUAAA